AUGUGGUUUUGUAUUGAUUAUCGCCGUUUAAAUGCUAUUACAAUUAAAGAUGCAUUUCCACUUCCUCGCUUUGAUGAAAUAUUUGAUCAAUUAUCCGAUGCAAUGUAUUAUACUAAAUUUGAUUUUAAAUAUGGUUAUCUUCAAGUACCUCUAUCUAAAGAGGACUGUCCUAAAACUGCUUUUUCAAUUCGUGACAAUCAAUAUCAAUUUAUUGUACUUCCACAAGGAAUAACCAACAGAUUCGCAACUUUUUAA